AUGAACUCUAUGAUAAGCGUGUCCAUUUUUGUGCUAAUAUCAAGUAUUUUGUAUUGGUUGUACUGGCGCUUGACUAAUAGGCGAAUUUUGCUGGUGGCAAAGCAGCUUGCUGGGCCACCUCCUCUUCCGAUUUUGGGAAAUGCUUUAACUUUCAUGAUGAUGAAACCAGAAGAACAAUUUAAGAAAAUCGGAAAGCUGAUAGAACAAUACGGUGACUACACGAAGUUUUGGCUGGGACCACAACUCAUUAUAUGUAUCAAAGAUCCUCAUGAUAUAAAGCAUCUUCUUACAAGCAAUAAGGUGAACAAAAAAGGUCCUUCAUACGAAUUUAUGGUACCAUUUAUGGGGAGAGGUAUUUUAAUUGGAGGGCCAAACUUCCGCGCGUUUAGGAAAAUUCUCAAUCCGUCGUACACUAAGAAAUCUGUGGACGCGUAUAAAGUAAUUUUUAACGAAGAGACAGAGAGAUUCGCGACUCUUUUGACACAAAAAGACACAAAACCGUUUGACGUAUACCAAGACGCGGUGCAAUGUACAACAAAGGCGGUUUGUAGAACACUUAUGACUAUAUCAGAAGACGAGAUAUCGGAAAUAAGAUGCCUGAAAGAAGUUGUCCGACAUACUCAAGGCAUCUACUCACUGAUAUUUUCCAAGAUAAGUCUGUGGUGGCUUCAAAUAUCUCUAAUUUUCCGUCUAAGUGGAUAUUAUAAGAAGGAAAAAUACUACUUGAGGAUUAUAGACGAAAUGGUGUCGGAUAUUAUAGAAAGACGACGUCAAGCGUUGAAUGACGCCGAUGAAACAAUUGAAACUGAAGUAAUGGGCGUUAUUGAUAGAUUUCUUGUUAACGGAUAUUCUGCGGACGAGAUAAAAUUCCAAGUGUUCACGUUAUUUAGUAGUGGUCAAGAGCCGUCAGCAAAGAUAGCAUCGAGUGUUCUUUUAAUUUUGGCACAUUUACCGGAGUGGCAGGAUAAAGUGUAUAAAGAAAUCAUGCAAGUCAUAGGAGAUAGCGACGAGUGUCUUACUAGAGAACACUUCAAGAAAAUGCCAUACCUGGACAUGGUUUUUAAGGAGACGAUAAGAUACUUUUCGAUUGGGCCAUUUAUUCAAAGAAGGGUUCAAGAGGACGUUACUAUUAAAAAUGGUGAAAUAACCAUACCAGCCGGUGCUGUGAUUCUAUUACCGAUACAUGAGGUUCAUAGAGAUCCGAGAUAUUGGGACGAACCAAACAAAAUCAAACCAGAGAGAUUCUCACCUGACAACAAAAUAGAACAUAAGGCCUUUCUGCCUUUUAGCUUAGGAGCAAUGGAUUGUUUGGGCAGAGUCUUCGGAAUCGCCUUGAUAAAGACCUUAGUUGUCAAAGUGCUCAGACAAGUGGAAUUGAGCGCUAAAGGAAGAAUUGAGGACUUAGAUCUUCACGCAGCUAUAUCGGUGGAAGUAACAGAAGGUUAUAAUGUGUCAGUUCGUCCUAGAAACAUGACACUACUAACCGUCUGUAUUCUUGCAUUGGUGCCUGCGGUUAUGUAUUGGCUAUAUUGGCGUUGGACUCACAGGCAUAUGCUGUUAUUAGCUGACCAGGUGCCUGGACCGCCAGCUUUACCGAUAUUAGGCAACGCCCUUACAUUUAUGAUCAAGCCUGAAGAGCAAUUAAAGAAAAUCGCAGCCCUGAUUGAACAAUAUGGCGACUACACAAAAUUCUGGCUUGGCCCCGAACUCAUUAUUAGUGUUAAGGAUCCAAAUGACAUACGGCAACUCCUCACGAGCAAUAAGGUAAACCAAAAAGGUCCAGCUUAUGACUUCAUGACACCUUUUAUUGGCAAGGGCAUCUUAACUGGAGGGCCAAAAUGGCGCAUCUAUAGAAAAAUUGCUAAUCCUGCUUACAGUAAAAAAUCGAUAGAAAAAUUUGAGGAUGUUUUCAACGAGGAGACAGAAAUAUUGGGGAAAAUUUUAAAUGUAAAAGAUGAGAAAAUGUUUGAUGUAUAUUUCGAUGUAUUGCAAUGUACGACGCGUUCUGUUUGUAGAACGCUUAUGGAUUUAUCGGCAGACGACAUUUUGAAGAUUCGCCAUCUGAAUCACGUUGCACGGGAGACGCAAAACAUAUACGGCCUCAUGUUUUCAAAAAUGACUCGCUGGUGGUUGCAAAUACCGUUUGUCUACUGGCUAAGCGGUCAUUAUAGGAGACAAAAGUAUUACUUGAACAUUGUGAAUGAAAUGAUUUCCGAUAUUAUUGAAAUACGACGGAAGAAAAUAUCUAAGGGAGUGGAAAAUGACGUCAUGGGGGUUGUCGACCGAUUUAUUGUAAACGGUUUGUCAGAGACCGAGUUAAAAUUCGAAACAUUCGCUUUAUUUACUACUAGCCAAGAAGCAUCAGCGAAGAUAGCCUCUGGUGUUCUACUAUUUUUAGCUCAUUUGCCAGAGUGGCAGGAUAGAGUGUAUAACGAAAUAAUGGAAGUCGUUGGGAGCGAGCAGUAUGUUACCGAAGAACAUUUUAAGAAGUUGACAAAUUUGGAUUUGGUGUACAAAGAAGUCUUGAGGUACUUAUCUAUCGCCCCGCUCAUACAAAGGACUGUUGAAGAGGACAUCACUAUUAAUAAUGGCAAAAUAACACUGCCAGCAGGCUCUGUGGUCGUAAUACCGAUACACGAAGUGCACAGGGAUCCAAGAUAUUGGGACGAGCCUCUCAAAAUCAAACCAGAACGGUUCUCACCAGAUAACAAGAGGGAUCAGAACGCCUUCAUACCAUUCAGUUUAGGAUUAAUGGAUUGUUUAGGCAGAGUCUACGCAACAGCUUUGAUCAAGACCCUGGUUGUCAAGGUGUUAAGACAAGUGGAAUUAACAGCGACAGGAAAACUCGAAGAUCUAGAUCUGAACGUGGCCAUAUCUGUGGAAAUAAUUCAGGGUUACAAUCUAUCUGUGCGUCCUAGAAACAGAAGUCUUGUUUUGCUCAAAUAA